AUGGAUCGGGAAGGUGGGAAAGACAGGCGUAAGUUCCCAAGCUUCCAGUGGGAGAACUAUAAGCUCAUCAUUGAUCCUGCCUUGGACCCUCCAUCUCGCAGAACUUCUCAGAAGGUAUACCGCUAUGAUGGAAUUCGCUUUAGUGUCAAUAAUUCAAAAUACAUACCAGUUGAAAACGUCAAAGACCCCCGUUGCAUUAUCAGGCCUAAAAAGAGAGACUUUUUCCUCCCAGUACCUAACUUUAAGCUGGAUGAGUUCUACAUCGGACAGAUCCCAAGGAAGGAAGUGACUUUCGCAAGGCUGAAUGACAACGUGAGGGAAAACUUCUUGAAAGACAUGUGCCAAAAGUAUGGUGAAGUACAAGAGGUAGAGAUUCUUUUUCAUCCCCGUACUCGCAAGCAGUUGGGCCUGGCCCGUGUGCUUUUCACCAGUGCUCGGGGCGCCAGGGAAGCAAUCAGAAACCUUCACCAUACUUCCGUCAUGGGCAAUAUCAUCCACGUCCAGCUUGACAUCAAAGGACAACAACGAAUGAAGUACUAUGAACUAAUUGUGAAUGGCUCUUACACCCCUCAGACUGUGCCUACUGAGAGCCAACCUCAGAGUGAGAAGCCUGAAUCCCAUCACCACUCUUCCUCUGACAUGGCUUCAUACUCAGCAGACACUGUUGUGGUGGGCAACACUGGCAAUGGCAUCCCCUGCUCCCAGAACACAAACUUCUUCAGCGGUCGACAAGGCACUCCAUCUUCCUUUGGCCAGUUCACCCCUCAAUCCUUCCAUGGAACCCCCUACAUAUCUGGGGGCAGCAUCUCCAACUUUCAGGACUCUGCCUACUCUAGAAGCACCACUUCAACCUUCUUCAGGCACCGGCGGUUAUCGAACAGGUACCAAGAUUCCUUUCCGCGCCGCCAUUUUUCUGCGUCUUCGGUCUCCAUGGCCACCUCUACUACCAUUCCAGCCACCACUAGAGCCACCUCUGUAUCCUUUGCUAAUUCUUCCUCAUUGUCCAUAUCUUCUUCUUCCCCGCUAUCCUCUCAAUUUCGUGGUUCUAACUCAAUCUACCCAGCAUAUUAUGAAAGAUGGAAUCGCUACAAGCGCCAUGCUUCCUACCCACCCCACCGGGCAACUCGAAAAGAGCCCCCUGGGACCACUUAUGAUAAAAACACAGCUGAGCCAUUCCCAUCUUCCUACACUUCCUACUUUCCCCAUGAGCCCAGCUGGCCUGUGAACCAGAACUAUUGGCCUCCUGCCUUAGAGGGUUCACUCCUGGAAACUCCAGAACCCGGUGGGGGCGGGGAUGGUCGAUGGCCCAACCGUGAAAGAAAAGAAACUCAGACCUCUCUCUACCGAGCCUUAUCUGCCAGCUCUGGUUCCCCAGCCCCAGAGACAACCACUGAGAGUGUGCCCUUCGCACAACACAGCAGCCUGGAUUCCCGUAUCGAAAUGCUGCUGAAGGAGCAAUGUUCCAAGUUUUCUUUCCUGGAUUCUGUCACAGUGGAGGAGGAAAAUAACAGUACAGGACCUAGGGCUAGAGACACAGGGACGGUGGUGCCUUCUGGGUCAGGUCACGGGCCCUGCACACCCUCUCCAGCCCUGGCUAAUUUUGAGAAUGUGGCACCUGCAGGGAGUGGGGAACCAGGGGCUACUUGGGAGUCCUCCAGGGCCAACAGACAGAACCAGGCUUCUCCAUGCUUUUCUGGAGAGGACAUGGAGAUCUCCGAUGAUGACGGGGGUAACUCACUCCCUCUAACCCCAACACCCCCUCAGCAGCCUCCACUCCCUCCCCCCAUUCCUCCCUGCCCUUCUUCCUUUCCCCUUGCUUAUCCUCCCCACCAACCUACCUACCUUCUACCAGGAUCUGAUGGGUCACCACUACCCAAGUACCCCCCUCCUCCUCCACCACUCCCCUACACGUAUGACUCUGUGAACUCCUUGGAACUUACAGAUCAACUUGGGGCUCAGUGGGGAGGGAUUCCACAGAUGGUAACAUCACUCCACCAUCUGCAUCAGGGCAAGGGGUUGACUGCUGCCUCAGCUGGUUCUCCUGGUGGGGACUUUGGGGAGGGCAUCCUCCCAUUCCCACCUCUCCAGGGAGCAGCCUAUGGUUUGCCCCAUGCUCUGUAUAUACAAGGGCAAGAGGGCCAAGGGGCAUACUCGGAGGCCUACCACCUGCCUUUAUCUAUAGUAGUCAGGCCCCAGCCCUCCUCCUCAGUCUUUCCAGAAGAGGCACAGCUGCCAGAGCUAACACAUGGCAAAGCCCUAUCAUCAACAGACAUCACGGGCCUUGUGAUGUCCACUGUAGUCAAAGAGAUGAAGAGCAUCAUACAGCGAGACGUUAAACGCAAGAUGGUGGAGAACGUGGCUUUUAAAGCCUUUGACCGAUGGUGGGAAAGUAUGGAAGAAAAGGCCAAGCCAUUCCAGAAUGCAGUCAAACAGAAAGCCAAGGAAGAGGAUAAAGAGAAGAUGAAGCUCAAAGAACCUGGCAAGCUAUCCCUUGUAGAUUGGGCAAAAAGUGGGGGUACCACAGGCAUCAAGGCCUUCGCCUUGGGAUCAGGCCCGCAAGGGGCCCUGCAGCUGCCUUCAUUCAGGGUAAAGCGAAAAGAGCCAUCAGAGAUUUCAGAGGCCAGUGAGGAAAAGCAGCCCCGGCUGUCUGCACCAGCUGAAAAAGAUAAAGAUGGCCCUGAGCAAGAGGAGGUAGCCAGGGAGCCAGGACAUUCGGAGACCAAACCUCCAAAGGAAGACGAAGAGCAAGGCAAGACCCAGGGCAUGCCUUGCACGUCCUUUGUUCUUGACAAAGGAGAGGAAGCAUCCCAGAAUUCCUCCUCAGAGAAAGACGAGGAGGAUAAUGAGAAAGACGAAGACGGAGACGAAGCUAUGGAUACAAGUAAAGAGACAGAGGCAUCAGAUGUUGAGGAUGAGGAAAGCAAUUCAUCGUCCAAAUGCACAUCAGACUUCAAGAGCAGCAGCUCCUCUUCUUCAUCUAAGUCAUCCUCUGAAGAUGAAGAUGAAGCGGAGCAACCAGCAGCCAUUCUCACAGUCUCACCACCCCCCAAAGAAGUCCCAACACCAGUGCUAGCACUUGUGGAAGAGUCUGAGCCAGAGGGGGCUGCAUGCUCCCCAGGCACACCCCUGCCUGAACAGGAAAAAUCUCCAGCAAGACCUGCAGGUCCUGCUGAGGAGCCACUUCUCAGUGUGCCCAAGCCACCUCCAGAGCUACCAGCUGGGCCAUCAGCCCCCAUCCCCUGCCCUGACAAGUGCCAAUCUUCUAUUCCCUUCCUGCCCCCACUCAAGAAACGCCGUAAAACCAUAUUCUUUUCUGUUGUGGAGGAGGUGCCAGCCCCACAGCCUCCCCUAACUGACCCACCACAGGCCAACUCUCCUGACCUAGUCUCUAGCAAAGUACCCCAGGAUAUGGAGCAAACCAUUUGCAACCUGCCCCUAGCUGGUGAAUCUUCUGUUAAGAGCUGUCCUGAGGAGGUGCCCCAAGAAGGUCAGAGCCAGGCUGGAGAUGGAGGCCACUCUACCAAGGAAAAAGAGGCUGAGGCAGGGACAGAAGUAGACCUAGCAGUUAUGGCUGACCUGGCCCUGACCCCAGCCCUGCAAAGACUAGCUGCCCUGCCUACUAUUGAUGAGUCAGAGACCACAGAGACCUUGGAUGAGGCAGAUGACCCCAGACUCUUGCUCUGCCACAUCUUCCUGGAUCAUAACUAUGCUCUAGCCAACAAGCCCUCCAAGCCAUCCCCUCGGGCCCUGAAGCAGUUCCUUUCCCCUGAAGCUUUCUUCAGCGCUCCAGCAGUUGACAUUCUAGAGGCAUCCAAGGUGGUGGUAGCUGAGGCGGAAAAUCCAAAGAAGCGACAACUGCGGCAGCAAGAGAGGGGUGAGGAAGAGGAGUCUGAUUCCUCUGAGAUGAGUGGCAGCAAUGAGAAGGAGGGGGCCGGCUGGCAGUACACCCUCAGUUCCAACACUCAGUGUCAUCAGCCCCCCACACUAUACCUGUCACCUUCCACCUUUAAGCCACGCAAUGAGUUUCAGCAGAUUAGCAUCCUGUAUGACAUUUGGACCUCGGGCCUGGACUUAGAAGACAUGAACUACCUGCAGCUCACAUAUGAGCGACUACUGCAGCAGAAAAGCGAGGCUAACUGGCUUAACAACACCCGUUGGGUCCCUCACAGCACCACCAACCUGAGCACUACAGAACAUGAGCUGAGGGCCCGAGAUGGGCUCCGAGAGCACCAGACAGGCUCUGCCCGCAGUGAAGGCUACUACCCUAUCAGCAAAGAGGAGAAGAACAAGUGCCUGGAUGCGUGCUCUAUCUCAGCCCGGCAGCUGGAAGGAGUGGACGCUCAGGGGCCUAAUCGUGUUUUUUCCAAGCGCAGGUCUGAGCAGCGGCGGCUGCUGAGUGCCAUUGGCUCCUCUACCAUUAUGGAUGGUGAUCUGCUAAAGCCAAACCAGCCCAAGUUCCAGAAGAAACUUCGAUUUGGAAGGAGCCAGAUCCAUGAGUGGGGUCUGUUUGCCAUGGAACCGAUUGCAGCUGAAGAGAUGGUCAUCGAAUACAUGGGUGAGACCAUCCGCCAGACGGUGGCUGUCAUGAGGAAGAAGCGCUAUGUACAGGAGGGCAUCAGCAGCAGCUACUUUUUCCGAGUAGACCAUGACACCGUGAUCGAUGCUACCAAGCAUGGAAACCUGGCAAGAUUCAUCAACCACUGCUGCAUGCCCAACUGCUAUGCCAAGGUGAUCACUGUCAAGUCACAGAAGAAGAUCAUAAUCUACUCCAAGCAGCCCAUCAAUGUAGAUGAGGAGAUCACCUAUGAUUACAAGUUCCCACUGGAAGACAAGAAAAUCCCAUGUCUGUGCGGCACUGAGAACUGCCGUGGUUACCUUAAUUGA